UAUACUUUCAGGAUAUUUUGAGUGGUCCUCUCUCAUCUUUCAGCUGCUGUCUGAAAAGAUUUUGAUUCCUGAACCAAUGAGAGUCUUCUGUAGUAUUAUCACACCUACUUCAGAUGUUCACAUUUCUGUGGCCUGUUUAUCAUCUUCUGUAGCAGAAUGAUCAACUAGUAUUGAUCUGUCAGAGAGCAGACAUUCAGAAACAGAGCAGCAAAUUUCUUACUAUUCUCGUGAAACUUUGGCAAUUUCAAAAGUUUUAGUAACCAAGAAUGAAGAAUAAUGUCAAGUGAUAAUUAAUAAUAAUUUGUGGGGAAGUUGAAUAAAAAAGAAAGGGCUGCAGCAUACGGGGGCAGUACAUGCCACUGUAUUCUCUGAACUGAAGCCUUCAAGCAUACCAGAAGCUACUUCAGGGCCUAUUAAUUUGCACCAAAUCUGAUGUUAUCUAUACUCUGCACAAUCCUUGCUCCUUAAUGUGGUGCACACGAUGAAUGUCAUGGAAUUAGUAUGGAAACUACAUGAUCUUAUUCUCAUGACAUGCUUGAGCUCCACAACCUGUGAAUCAUUAGCUUGAAGUUCUUGUCUGUGGCUACAGAAGUACCCCAUCCUGGAGUCAGGAAGGACGUAUGGAGAACAGCUCUCCUGCUGCAGGCUUCCUGUUUCUGUACUCUGUAAGUAGGCAGAAACAAUAUUUUUCCACAUAAGUAAAAUAUUUUCAGGAUUCUUCCUGUCUUAUCAUGAUAAAGGGUGUAAGUAAGUAAAGAUUAUCGCAGUUGAAUGUAUGUAUUUUAUCAAGAAUUAAAGAUUAUGUAGCUAGACAAGUUGAUUUUCCUGCACUGACUUUAUAGUGGGUUUAUUUUAUACAGCAUGCUUCCUCAUCAGCAGGCAGCUUCACUUCAGCCUCCCAGGUUGCCAAGGCAGCCGCCCCUAAAACUGGGACUUACACUAUGUUUUAUCUUGCCUUUUUUAUUUUAAUGGCUCAUUUUGAAAGAGUUGUCAGAGUCUUCAGUGCAUUGCUGCCAGCGCUGCCUCUCCUUAGCUAAACUCUAAAUGACUACAAACAUUUCCAGCAUGCUGCUCACUUAUGGUACCAUGCCGAAGCUGCAGCUCAGCCAGAAAUUACUGCCCUAUUAGGCCUGGGAAUUCUAAGUCAAGGGUAGCAGUGAGCGCCUUUCUGAAAGAACUAGUUUUAUAGUGGUGUAAGCGUGAGGUGAAGCUUAAUUUUCUUUGUUGGUUUCCUAUGGAAGACAAGUGAAAAUGAAGACUGCGUUGAGAGCAUGGUGCUUUUCAUUUGCAAAAGCCCUAAUUAGCAUUUUGUCUGCAUGCAGUGCAGUAUAAUCAGUGCUGGUUGCUGUCAGAAAAUUCAUGGGUACAUGGCUUUAUCUCACUAGAAGUCCAGUAUUUAGAAGCAAGCAAUUAAGGUGGCAAAUAGCUUUUUCUUUCUGGUAAAGUGUAUGAUGGACAGAAAGAAACCGCUUUGCAGUGUGAGUAGUCAAAGGAUGUGUUUUCUGAGAAGCCUCAUUUGGGGAUCAAAACUUCAGAUGAUGUCUCAUGAAGGUUGACUGUCUGUGUAUGGCUUUCCCCUUCUUCCUUGAUCCUGAGAGUAGCUGGUGUGGGUGAUGGAGCAAGUCCUUCCUUGCUGCUUUGGGGUAUUCUUGAGGAAUCUCAAGAAGUUCAGACAGAAGAAUGUUCAGACAAGGGAAAACCUCUAAGGUAAACAUUUUUUUGGCCAUCCAUUUGUUCUAAAAGAGGAUAAGGUUUCUGUAUUAUUUUCUUGGUCCAUUACAAGCAGUAACUGCCAUCAAACACCACCAAAAUGGUAAAGCACCAUCUCAGCCAAAGUCAGAGUUCAGCAGCGGGGAGACUGGGGAGAGCUGGUGCUCACCAGCAUGCACAGAAUCCCAAAGGGCUUUUGCUCAGUUCCCCUUCAAAUAGAACUGUUCCUUUAUGGCAGAGGCCGAUAUUAGGGAUGGAACACCGGGUUGGAAGAUUUUGAUAUGAAAAUGUAACAUUUAGCUUGAUGGUAUCGCUUUCUGGAAAACUGCCAAGCUACUGAAGCCCCGGAGAAUGAGAGAGCAGGGAGAAAAGUAAGCUGGGAAUCUGAUGGUGUGUCAUAUUGUUAGCGGGCUGGCUUAUUAAAUGGGAGCAGUUGUUUUCUUGGGAAUCACUUCAACAGCGUUGUGCUGCUGGUGUGAGAGAAUCCCGGGAGUGAGUGCAGGCAGGGCAGGGGCUGGGCAUUGUUCUAAGGGGAUUUUUUUAAGAGGUUUUUUUAAAGAUGCAAAUGAAAUGCACGUUUUUGCUUUUCCUGCAAGGUGUUUCUUUGUGAUCAUCCCCACCACUCAUCCUAUGCUGUACAGUCUGUUUCUAGGGAAGCACAAGAAAUGGUGACAUGAAAAUGUUUGAAGGUUGUUGCUUAAGCAUGAAUAUAUCUGAGUAAGGGUUGGCUGUUUCUUUAAAGAAGCAAAGCAGCAGCUAACUUAUCAUUUCGUUUCAGCUAACCUUCCACAACUGUGUUUUAGGGUGUUGUCGGGUUCCUGUGGCACUAACUGGUGACAGUGAGUAAAGGCAGACCCAAAGGGCCCCGAAGUACCACCGUGCUGGGCCUGCAGGGCUUGGAUGUGCCUGCACUCCUGGGGGGCUCUGGUUAAGCCUCAGCAGUUUGGUUGUCUUCUUUUUAAACAGCAUAAAGAUGGUAAAAAAAAAAAAAAAAAAAAAGAAAGAAAAGAAACACAACAAAAGAGGUGUUUAGUUUUGUUUCAGAUGUUUCCUUGCAUUCUGACCUUGGUUCUGCUGUUAUUUGUGUAGAAUUCUUUCCCUCUACUGAUAGUGAGGAAUAUCCCCAAUGGUUUCUAUGGACGACUUUGAAACCUCACCAGAGUGCAAACACCCGAACUGUACUUUCCGGAAAGGUAAAUCUGGUAGCGCAGUGGGCGUAUGACCUGAUCAGUGUCCAGCAGGGCUCGUGUGCUUUGCUCUGCAUCUAAAGCCAUCCCGUGUCAGUAAGCCCUGCUCACAGCGUGAGCUCCUGCAGGGCACCCUGCGAGGAGAGAACCUGCGCUGUGGGUCUGAGGGGAACGGAAGGGCGGGAUAAUCGGCUGGGUAUCUUCUAUUAAAGAUAGCACAUCAGUUUGGACUGCUGUCUCUUCAGAACAAAAGCAUUCUGCCUGUAGCACGUCUGGUCGGAGAUUCUAAACCCAAGCCGCAGCCGACGGCAGACGCCGCUGAGUGCCCGCUGGGCCGGGGCUGCCCGCUGCUGGGGGCGCGCUGUGGCUGCCGCUGCCCGGCAACGCGCCCCGCCGGGCUGCCUGCGCCGGGCGGCCGUGCGCCGCUGCGCGCUGAGAGCGGCGCGGUGGGGGGGGCUGGGGGGGAGGGUCUGCGCUUCGGGUUUGGGGGCUGGUUUUGGUCUUUUUUCCCCGUCAUAAGGAGCCCACGGUUCUCAUAGGUGCUGGCAGACAAUGGGGCUGGUGUGAUUUACACGGGAGGAGCUGAUGAGCGGAGUUGUGUGCCGCUUUAUUUGAGCAACAAAAAAAAAAAAAAAAGGAGCGGGGACAGCCGUUCCCAUGUGAUGGGAUCAUAGCGCUGCUGUGAUUACAGGCAGUUGUGAGGUUGAUUGAGAUAAUUGCUUGUCUUCUCAUAAGUUCUGUAAGCUCUCAGGAUGGUUUGCACAGCUCCUUCUGCAGCCUUAGCUGGAACGCAGACACGCUGUUUGUCCGGAGGGCCAUCCGAGCGGCCUAAAAUAGCCAAAAGGAGAAGCGGGAUUUGUGUGUAAUAACAGCUAGCCGGUGGCAUCGGACACUUUGGGGAAGAUAAACUGCAGUGAGGAUCAAAGAGCGUCUGUGAGCCGUAGCCUUUGUGCGCUGCCUCUUUGUAUCGAAGUGGGUGCUGUGGUGUGCAGGUGCCGUGCCAUGUGCGCGGGCUGCCGCACCGCCAGCACUUAGAAACACUGGUGUGCGGCAGAAAGGGGAGCGGAGCGGUGCAUUGGGUUGAAGUCAUUCACAUCAAAACAAAAAGAAGUCUUGUGGUGUUAAAAUCUAGCUGCAGAAUCCGCUCGCUGCAGUACAGUACUUUGAAAAUGCUGAAGUUAAAGGCCUUCUGCUUGGAUUACUGGCAGUUCCUGUGUCUCCAGCCUCUCCACGGCUUCUAUAAAAGUGUCGAGGGUGAAGCUCCAAGUAGCGAAACUGGCACAUCUUUGGACAGCCCAUCUGCUUACCAUCAAGGACCUAUAACACACAGUUCAGCUAUAAGCCCAGACCAUUACGAUCACUCAGCUUACGGGCUGUAUUCUGUCUCCCCUGGGCAACAAAGAACUCGGAGGCCAAAACUUCAGCACUCAACAUCAAUACUGCGAAAACAAGCAGAGGAAGAAGCUAUUAAAAGGUCAAGAUCACUUUCUGAGAGCUAUGAACUCUCUUCAGACCUACAGGAUAAGCAGGUGGAAAUGCUAGAACGGAAAUAUGGAGGCCGUCUCAUAACCAGACAUGCUGCUCGGACCAUCCAAACAGCUUUUCGCCAGUAUCAGAUGAACAAAAAUUUUGAGCGUCUUAGAAGUUCUAUGUCUGAAAAUCGUAUGUCAAGACGCAUUGUACUGUCCAAUAUGAGAAUGCAGUUUUCCUUUGAAGGACCUGAGAAAGUCCACAGCUCUUAUUUUGAAGGAAAACAAGUUUCUGUUACAAAUGAUGGGUCAAAGCUGGGAUCCCUCGUGCAGUCUGAAUGCAGCGACCUGGGAGAGUCAGCUACAAUGAAGUCUCCAGCAACGUCUACUGACUUCGCUGAUGCUAUAACAGAGCUGGAGGAUGCUUUUUCCAGGCAGGUGAAAUCCCUCGCAGAGUCCAUUGAUGAUGCACUGAAUUGCCGUAGCCUACAUUCUGAUGAAGUCCAGACUCCGGAUCAAGUCAGAAGUCGCGAAAUGGAAAGGGAUAGCUGUGCUCAAACUAAGCCAGCAAUACACAAUGUGGAUCACAGGAAGCUUGAUGAGAUGACAGCUUCAUAUAGUGAUGUUACGUUGUAUAUCGAUGAGGAAGAGUUAUCUCCACCCCUUCCACUUUCCCAGUCAGUGGACAGACCAUCCAGCACAGAAUCUGACUUGAGGCUCCGGUCAGUGAACUCUUCUCAAGAGUACUGGUCCAUGACUCACAAAGAUGAUAAGAUAGACACUGAUACGAGCUGCAGGAGCACCCCUUCACUGGAAUGUCAGGAACAGAGGAUAAGGAUGGAUCACCUACCAUUGCUAACUAUAGAGCCACCCAGUGACAGUUCAGUGGACUUGAGCGAUCGCUCAGAGAGAGGUUCAUUAAAGAGACAAAAUGCAUAUGAUCGAGGAAUCACUAGUCAACAAGGAAGCCCAAAACAUAUCCCUCACAGUAUUCCUGCCAAGAUUAUAUCCCGAGAGGAACAGGAGGCAAGACAUAGGCCUAGGCCUAUAGAUAGUCAUUUAGCUAUUAAUGGCACAGCAAACAGACAAAGCAAAUCAGAGUCUGAUUAUUCGGAUGGAGACAAUGACAGCAUCAACAGCACUUCUAACUCUAAUGAUACAAUAAAUUGCAGCUCAGAGUCUUCUUCUAGAGACAGCUUAAGGGAGCAAACCUUAAGCAAACAAACAUACCACAAAGAAACUCGUAACAGCUGGGAUUCCCCUGCCUUCAGUAACGAUAUUAUCAGGAAACGCCAUUAUAGAAUUGGACUAAACCUUUUUAACAAAAAACCUGAAAAAGGAGUCCAGUACCUAAUUGAGCGAGGUUUCGUGCCUGACACUCCAGUUGGUGUUGCUCACUUUCUCCUGCAAAGAAAAGGUCUCAGCAGACAAAUGAUUGGAGAAUUUUUGGGAAAUCGACAGAAGCAGUUCAACCGAGAUGUAUUGGAUUGUGUUGUGGACGAGAUGGACUUCUCAACAAUGGAACUGGAUGAAGCACUCAGGAAAUUUCAGGCUCAUAUCCGUGUUCAAGGAGAAGCCCAGAAAGUAGAACGGCUCAUUGAGGCCUUUAGCCAACGUUACUGCAUUUGCAAUCCAGGAGUUGUGAGACAGUUCAGGAAUCCUGAUACCAUCUUCAUUCUAGCUUUUGCCAUUAUACUGUUGAACACAGAUAUGUACAGCCCAAAUGUGAAACCGGAACGCAAAAUGAAGCUAGAAGAUUUUGUCAAGAACCUAAGGGGUGUGGAUGAUGGCGAAGAUAUCCCACGAGAAAUGCUGAUUGGGAUUUAUGAGCGGAUCCGCAAGCGGGAACUGAAGACAAAUGAAGAUCAUGUGUCCCAAGUCCAGAAGGUUGAAAAGCUCAUAGUAGGAAAGAAACCUAUUGGAUCUCUGCAUCAUGGACUUGGUUGUGUCCUCUCCCUGCCCCACCGAAGGCUUGUUUGCUACUGUAGACUCUUUGAAGUUCCUGAUCCGAAUAAACCUCAGAAGCUUGGGUUGCACCAGCGAGAAAUAUUUUUAUUUAAUGACCUUCUUGUGGUAACCAAGAUAUUUCAAAAGAAGAAGAACUCUGUUACAUACAGCUUUCGACAGUCCUUUUCCCUCUAUGGCAUGCAAGUUCUUCUUUUUGAGAACCAGUAUUAUCCCAAUGGCAUACGGCUCACAUCAGCGGUUCCAGGAGCAGAUAUCAAAGUACUAAUAAAUUUCAAUGCACCAAAUCCUCAGGACAGGAAGAAGUUUACAGAUGAUUUGAGGGAGUCAAUUGCAGAGGUUCAAGAAAUGGAAAAGCACAGAAUAGAGUGUAAGUACAAAGCUGAGCUAGAAAAACAGAAGGGGGUGGUGCGUCCAAGCAUGUCUCAGUGCUCCAGUCUGAAAAAAGAUUCUGGCAAUGGGACGCUGAACAGAGCUUGCCUGGAUGACAGCUACGCUACAGGGGAAGGGCUGAAAAGAAGUGCACUGAGCAGCUCCCUUAGAGACCUGUCUGAAGCAGGCAAGCGUGGGCGACGCAGCAGUGCAGGAUCGCUAGACAGCAAUAUGGAAGGGUCCAUCAUUAGCAGUCCUCACAUGCGCCGAAGAGCUACAUCAACCCGAGAGUGUCCAUCUCGCCCUCACCAGACUAUGCCUAACUCCUCCUCACUCCUAGGUUCCUUAUUUGGUAGUAAAAGGGGAAAGCCACCUUCCCAAGGCCAUCCACCAUCUGGCUCAUCACAGCAACCUCCACACCCUCCAGUAAUCCCACAUCAGCAACACUCACAGCAUCCUUCUGCCAUGCAUCAUGCAGGGCCAGCUGAGGGACAGACCCAGGCACAAGUACACUCUCACCAUUCACAGUACUGUCAUAUGCAGCAGAACCCGCCACCCUAUCACCACCACCACCACUAUCACCCUCCCCAGCACAUCCAGCACCCACACCAGUAUCACCAACACAUGCCACAUUCCCAGCAUGUGGCACACUCCCAGCAUACUCCUUACAUGCAGCACCCCCACGCACAGCAUACCCACUCUCCUCAUCCACCACUGCCCCCUCCGCACCCAGGGCACUCUUCUCAUCCCCAACACACUCAGCAUCACCAUGGACCGCCACCACCUCCGUCCACUUCAGCCAGCACUAAGCCCAAACACAGCGGCAUCAGCACAAUAGUCUAAAACGUACUGACCCUCUUAAUAACUAUAGUUUUAAACACAGUUACAAAAGCACUUACAGGAAGCAACAAAUAAAAUUGUCAGUUUUUACCUAGACAAACAAUUUAACUGAGUCGUGUGAGCUUAAAGGCUUGCUGAUACUAAAAAUAAGUCAAGUUAGUGUAAUCAGUACUGGUUUCACUUACCUACUCAAUAGAUGCUUACCAUCUGGUUAGUUCUUAUUUCCAGACUGCCUUGAAAACAUGCUGCUUGCUGAAUACAAGUAAAAUUACCUUUUACACCAAAUCCCUUGACAAUUUUACAUGCAGAAUAAAAACAUAGUCUAUGAUAAAAGGAAAAAAGUGAUUCAGAACCAAGUGUUGCAUUCUUGCUCUUUUAUUGUCAAUGGGCAAAAAAUAAGUAGACCUGAUAUGGUUGAUGAAAGUACGUAAGUAAACUUUAUAUAAUAUAAAUAUAUACAUAUAAAUAUAUAUAUAUACUGUAUAGUUAACAUUUGUGCUUGGAAAGGAAUUUUUUUCAGUCCACAAAGCUAGCAAUAUAGACUUUACGAGGAAUUCCACUUACUUGAUAGGACAGUAUUAUAGAUGAAUAGCAUAUGAAAGAGUAGACCAAAAACACUAAAUGUUAGAAAUAAAUUUCAGACAUUUCAAUAUUUUCAUUAGAAGUCAGUCCUCUGGACUCGCUAAGAUUUCUAAGCAAUCAUUAUUAAAUGUGCCAAGUAACAUAGCAUUUAAUUGUUGUAGUCAAAUACUGCUUUGUAUAAAUCCUUAUUUUAUUAACAUGAUAUCAUACGUAAUCAGUAUUAUAACUGCUCUUCUAUUUCAGGUAAGCAAACUUGUUAAGAUGCAGUAAAUAUAUGGUAGCAGUGCAAGGGAUGACCUUUUACCAGUGGUCAUCUUCAAGCAUUGGUCACACAAAUUUAGACACUUUAAAGGCUGUGAUAACUGUGAAUUUACAUGAUCCACAUUUCUUUUGUAUGCAUAUGUUUUAAUGAACACACAUGAAGAGUUCUAACAGGUGCAUGUAUACACUGCAAAAACAUUCAUCUCAAACAUGAAAAUUGCAAACUUCCAUCUUUCUCAGCUACUUUGUUUCCCGUUUACCAUAAUUUCUUAUUUUUACCCCCCAGUUAAGCUGAAUUCUAGUCUGAGAGCACUUCCAGGUGGAAGUGUUCUAAAACUUGAAGGUUUGUUUUAGAAUUUAGUGUAGGGUUUUUAUAUAUACUAAAGAAAAAAAAAAUCUGUAAUUCCAUGUAGCCAUGCACUAGCAAUGAAGUGGCUUCACCAUUUUUACUCAUCACAUUUGUUAGUUUGAAAAUAACCAGCACUCAGCAGGCUGAGUUUAUGCUCAAACCCUCACUUUCGUAGUCCAGUUAGUUGCAAGACAUCACAUAAAAACAGGCUGUGCUGUUGUUGCUUAUGUGUUGUAAUCAAACCAUUUGCAAAUUGAUAUAAAAUUUUAUCCCUAAAUCCUGUACAGUUACACAUGGCACCUACUUUGUAGUUUCAGCAAUUUGAGCCACUGCAAGAACUUUACACCUAAACAGUAGAGGCAAAGGAAUCAGAACUGCAAAACUGUACCAGCCUAAAAGCAAACCUUGAAGAGGAUGAGCAAAAAAUUCCAGUGUGAGAUGGGUAAAAGUAAGAAUAGUAGUCAAUUUUAUAUUUAAUAAUAUUUUUUCAGGAAUAAUGAAGAAAUCAGUUAAAGUGGAAAGACGUUAACAUGAGACUGGAGUGAGAAUAAGAGGGUAACCUUCAUAUUGCCUUGCUCAUGGCAUCUAUAAUAUUUGGGGUGUGUGUAAUUUUUUUUUCCCUUUCAUACCAUUGAUAUCGCAAUACCAGCAAAACUGCAAACUCAGCACUUUGUUAACCUCCACAGAGAGCAAAUACAGCAAUCUAGAGUUUAGCCUUUUGUUUAAUGCUGUCCGCAUUUGUUUCCCACAUGUGCAAUAUUUUCCCAUUCUGCUCCUUCUCUAAAUUACCUUCAUUGAAAGAAAACAAGUGAUUGCAUUAUAAUUUUUAAGUAUCACUCAUACUAGUCUAAAUUCUGCGGCUAACCUUAAGAGGGCCCCUCCAGGUCCCCUGAGGCUCUGUUCCUUGCAGUUUAAAAAAAUAUAUACUGUUCUUAUAGGGGAAAGUAGAACUGUCUGCAUGUCAUCUAAUGUUAUUAGUGUGAGGCUACACUCUACAUAUUGUAUAUUUGCAAAAUAUAUCAGUGUUAACUGUUGAUAUUAGUUGAAGUAAAGUGAUAACAUAUUCCAAUAUGUAGACUUUUCUUCAUACAUCUGUACCAAUAGUAGAGUCUAACUGUAAUUUAUAGGUUGUUCCAGAAAAGAUAAAGGGUCAUUUGGUUACAAAUAUCUUUCACAAACUGCAUCUUUUGGUUGAAAUGGAGGUAAGAGUGCUCCUCUUCAUUGAGUAGCAGAGGCUGUACUUGUUUCAGAUGCAGAGUUUUAAUGUAAGUAAAAUUCACUCUGUACUGUAUAAAUGCAGAAUGUUCAGUAACAGCUGAGAGGAAGAUCUGACUCAAGCUGUGUGACUUAGUUAACAGUGAAGACCUUAAAUCUCCCAGAUCUGCAUUUGCUUUGUUCCAAAACCCCUUUCAUUCAUUUAAAUUAGUCAAAUAUAAGUAUUCUAUACUUACACUGUAAGCCACAUUUUAAUGCUUGAUCACUGAUUUUCCAUGUGCAAUCAACUAAAUGUUCAGAAGAAUCACAACUGUGCAUGCAGAAAACAUUUGCACAUGAUUUCGUCUGCAUGCGGAGAAGGAGUUUGUGCCUACUUUGUAAGGUGCAUUAAGUUGCAUGUGUAAAAUCACAGACUAUUUUGAGACUAGUUUAAAAAAAUAAGACGGUCAUAUAGGAGCACAGUAACUGUAAACAUUAUUUCAGAACAACAGGGAAAACAGUGGACUCGAUUAUUUUUUUUAACUGUAUUUAGGGUUUUAGUAUAACCUCUCUGAUUCCAUUCUUGGUUAACAAUUGCUUAGAACAGCGUGAGUCACGUCUAGGACAGGAAAAUGACAGUAUUUUAAACACUGUGCGGUUAAAAAAAUUAACUUUUUUUUUCCUUUAGCCUGCGGGCAGGCAUAAAAUUGAGGUUUUAUUCCCAAGUGCCAUUGCCGAAUAAAAACUGGUACAGAACUGUGUAGAGUGACCAUGUUUCUCUUUUCCCAUUAAAAAAAUGUGGCAAAGUAGUAUUGCUGAUUUGAAAAAAUGAAAGGGAAGCCUAAAGAAUGAAGAUGUGGCGACAAAAAUCUUUUCUGGGACAACAAUGAAAUAUAUAUUUGGGGUUUUUAAUUUUCUUUUAAGUUAAAAAUGGAAAUGUACAACGAUGUAAAAACAGAAAACAGAGUUCAUCCUAAUAUAAUGUACGUCUUGUAUCGCUAAAAAGAAAAAAGUCUAACAUACAGUGUAGAAUGAUUUUCCCAUCAUGUACUGCAUGCAGCAGAAGCCUCUUGUUUCUUGAUAAAAUGAGCUGAAAGACAGUCAGCAGAUAUUUAAAAAAAUGAAUCUCUAGAUGUUGACUUGCUGUUCCAUAUGAAGCUGUGUGUUUUCUGCAGUUAAGCAUGCAUUUUGCUGUUCCGUUGUAAAAUACCAUCGCACUUCUUGCCUGCAAAAUGGAUUAUUGUGUAUAUAUUUAAAAGAAAAGUGGAACCAAUAACAAGAUUAAAUUUGGAAAAUAGAAAAGGGGGUGGUGAAAAUGGGACCAAGUAGGGGGAGUAGACAAUUCUCUAAAUUGUACAUAGUGUGUAAAUUAGUAUUACUCUAAGUCUGCAGUCACUUGGAGGUUGCCUACAAUACCUAUCUCCUGCUAGGAACUUAAAUCAGCUUUGAGUUGUAUUAAACUGUUAGAAUUAGGUGUUGAAUGCAGACUGUUAAAGACUUCAGAAAUCAUUACACUUACAAGAAGCUUCUGUUCUGGGGAGGCUUGAGACCCCUUUUGUAACUAUGGGGAAGAAAGGAGUGCUUUCAUUUUAAUAUGCAUUCUGUUUGUAAGUAGUAACAGACCCUAUUGAUGUAAAACUAUAACUGUGAUCAUGUGGAGAAAUCAAAUAAAUCAUUUAAAACUC